CACUUCUUCCGCCUGAUCCUCAUCCACUCGCAUCAUCUUGCCCGCCCAUCGUGGCAUGUUGAGAACGAGACUCAUUUUUCCUCUCAAUCUUCCUUCUUCUUUCCAUUCAUCGGCCCGUUCUUUCAACUCGCACGAAGCAUUUGCUCGUUGCUCUCGCCGGAAACGCUUCUACGACAGGAUGGUCGAUGCGCAGGAGCGAUACGAUGGCUGGUCGCAUACACAGCUGAUCGCGAGGAUACAGGAGCUUGAGAACAGAGGAGGUGGAGGCAACAGCAGCACUGCUGUUGGCAGCAGCAAGUCGACAAACAACCCUGCCCCUGCAAAGGCGCCUGGCCCACCGCAACAAUCGGGCAGUGGGGCAGCCCCUACUCCGCCCAAAGCUAAGAAAGAGCGUCGCCCCUUCAUCGUUUCGGAUCUGCCCACCCGCAAGGUCGCCUUGCGUUUUGCCUACGAUGGUGCGAGCUACUCAGGCCUUGCUGCCCAGAGUGACGGCCUGGCUGGCCAAUCCCCUUCCUCGACAGGCCCAGCAGAAAGCUCCCUCCCCACAGUCGAGGCCGUCCUCUGGAACGCUCUAUGCCUCUCGCGGCUCGUUGACCCCGAAAAGGGGAUGAGCGGCGCUGGAUGGACUAGAUGCGGGAGGACGGACAAGGGCGUCAGCGCUGGGGGGCAGGUCGUGUCGCUUUGGGUUAGAAGCGUCAAGGUGGAUGAGAGGGAGUUGAGACGACGGGAGGAGGAGAGAUUGGCUGAAAGGGAGGCAAAGGGCAAGUUGCUAUAUCAUGCUGGGGGAGUCGGUCAGGACGAAAGCGAUGAAGAGUCAACAAAUGUCGACGCAGACGAAGAAAGCGUCGCUCGUCCUUCACCUAGAACCACCGCGACCGACACCGCACCAUGGUCCGUGGACAAUCCCGCCACUCUUCUACCGGACCUGUCAUCAGAGUCCCCCGAACUCCCCUACGUACUCUCCCUCAACCGUCUCCUCCCCGACUCGAUUCGUGUUCUGGACUGGUCUCCCGUCCGGCCCAGCUUCAAUGCUCGCUUCGACUGCCGGUACCGACACUACAAAUACUUCUUCCCUACUGGACCACCUGAGCACUUGAUUGCCCCACCUGGCCAGUCGGUCAGAGGUUGUGCGCAGCCGAGAAUGGACAUUGAGGCAAUGAGGGAGGCGGCCAGCUACUUGCUCGGCGACCAUGACUUCAGAAACCUCUGCAAAGUAGAUGCGAGUAAGCAAAUCACCAAUUUUCGCCGAAGGAUAGACGGGGUGAGCAUCGAUAAGGUCGAGCCUGGCUGGCCGGCUGUGCAAGACGGUAAGACGCGUGUGCCAAACGCAAGCAUCGUCGAGCCUACACCAGCGGAUCAGGAGGAGAUGUACGUCCUCAAUUUGCGAGGGACCGCCUUCCUCUACCAUCAAGUGAGGCACAUCAUGGCUAUCCUGUUCCUCGUGGGGGCAAGGAUGGAGAAGCCAAGCAUUGUCAAGGAGCUCAUCAACACACGACAGGGCCAAUGGGAGGACGACGUGAAGUGGCUGUAUGAUGCCGGCGUGCGGAGGAGAAGGGGAGCAGUGGCUCUGCCAGGUAGUACGGCGACUGAGGUCGAUGGGGCUACGGCUGUUACUUCGGUGCCACAGCUGACCAAGGCUGCAGCUGCGGCCACUUUAAACGGGCAUCACGAGGAGGGCGAUGCAUUGGAGGACGAUACCGGCCUCACAGUCUUCGACCUCAAACCCAUGUACGAGCUCUCCGCCGACAGACCGCUCGUCCUCUGGGAGUGUGGCUUUCGCCCAUGCGACAUUCAGUGGCGAUCGGGCGCCUACGAUGGCGACGUGUCGUCUGCUGCCUCCUUGGGACCAAAAGCAAAGCGCGAUCUCAUCAUGGCCGCCUCCUCCGUCUCGGCGGACCUGUAUCGCACUUGGCAAAAGAGCGCCAUCAGCGCGGAGAUCGCCAGGCACUUCGUGCUGGCUGCCGCCAGCCCGGGGACUGCGACGAAGGGGUGCGGGGCCCUCUACGAAGAGACACGAUGGCCAUAUCUCACUGUCCCGCCUCAAGACGCCUCAGCCGCACCGCUCAGCGGGAGACGCACCAAUACCCUCCCCUUCGGUAACGGAGCACAUCGGCCCGUUGCUCAGUGGAGCGGCCUGAUUAAUCGCAAGAGGGAAGACUCGCCGCAAAUUAAGAACGAGCGCUGGCUGGAAGGCAGGGGAAAGAGGGUUGCAGCGAGGAGGGGAGUGGAGAGCGCAGCGAUGCUUCCCAAGGGCGGCAGCAGCAAGGCGAGGAGGGAGAGGGAGGAGCGAGAGAGAUCAAAUGGGACGAACACGCCGGAGGAGGUUCGGACGCCCUGAGCCGCGGACGCGACAUGGAUCGUUUGCACAUCGUAAUGAUCUUCAAUCGCAUCUGUCCUUGCCAUGUGGCCGCCAGCGAGAUCUUCCUUGCCCUUUCUUGAUGAGGAUCAAUGCGAGCUCGCGGACGAGCCGAUUCAAGCCACAAGCGCGUGCGGGCGUCCGCCUUUGCAACUCCGCCGCCGCCGCCUUCGCCCAAAAACAACACCUCCUGCCCAGACCUGGCAUUCCCGCUGCUGCUGAGGAGGCAUUAGAAGCAUGGGCAUUGACAGGUGCUUCUAUGCAGGCCGGAUUG